GUCGACAUUCCCUUACCUUUUUUUUUAUACCUAUUAUUGUAUAGAUAUAAAUCUCACCGUUCAUUUUGAGAUUCUUUUGAACAUAGUCAUUCUUUCUAAUCGGAACUCGAUAAAGAGAUCCUUGUAAUUAUGGCGAGAUUUGUCGCCUCGCUGUUGGCACUGCCUCUGUUGGCAAGUGCUAUUUCAGUCGAUUCAAUUGUUGCCCGCGCAGAAACCCAGCACAAUGCGCAAACCUUUAAUGUGAAUGAAUUCAUUCCUUCGAAGAGCUACAAGCCUGCCCAGAGUGGUAUUCCAUACCCUCUCAAAGACGAAUCUAUCAAGCCAUGGGUAGACUUGAACGAGCCAUCCUCUACUGCCCACGGCCUUGUUCAGGCCUCCUGCACGCCUCUGUCAGCCAAUAACCCCCAACAAUGGUGGUACGCGAAUAUCACCCACAACGGUCAAUCGUCUUUCAUGUCCUCUAAAAACGACUACACCGUUGUCCGUAACGUAGUGACGGACUUUGGUGCCGACAAUACUGGAGCUACGGAUGCAUCUAAGGCUAUUCAGAACGCCAUCAAUGCUGGUCCUUCCGGCGGUUCUGCACGAGGUUCAGGAAACUAUGGAACCACCGGCCAGCCAGCCAUUGUCUAUAUCCCACCUGGAACAUAUCUCAUGUCAGGCAGUUUGCAGCUCUAUGUCGGCACUGUGCUUGUGGGUGACCCGAUCAACCCUCCAACUCUUAAGGCUUCAUCCAACUUCCCCAACGACCACAUCAUCUAUGCCAAGGACCCUAAUUUUGGAGGAACCAUCAACUUCUACAUUGGCAUUAAGAACCUUGUCAUCGACUCAACUGCCGUCAAUGCCAACACCAGCCUUGGUCUGCUCGACUGGACCGUCAGCCAGGCCACCCAACUGGCCAACGUUGUUUUCAACAUGCCUGAUUACAGUACCGGCCACGUUGGUGUUACUUCGCAGUACGAUUCCAACAGCAACGUUAUCUUGAACGACCUUACUUUCAAUGGCGGCGCAUACGGCUUGAAGCUGUCCGGCCAGCAGUGGAUUUUGAAGAACAUCAAGACAAACGGCACCACCACUGGUAUCUCCGCUGGUGGAUUUAGUAUCACAUGCUUAGCAUGCUCCUUCGCAAAUGGUGCAACCGGUAUUGACGGAACAGUUGUCUCUGGUUCAUUGACCGUCAUCGAUUCCACUGGCAGCAGCCUCGGAAACUUUGUCACUGGCAAGAGCAGCACUAGUGGUGCAAAUUCCAUUGUUCUUGAGAAUGUUGUGAACGAGGGAACCACUGUCUCCAUUGAUGGAAGCGCUACUGUGACUGGUAACGUGGCGGACACCUGGGUGUAUGGUAGCUUGUACUCCAGCGGUAGCUCCAGUGGCGGACAUGUCAGCCAGGAUGUGUCAACCUCUCGCGCCGCCUCUCUUCUUACCGACAGCAAAUACUAUACCACCAGCGCUCCACCCAGUUUCCAGGAAUACUCGGUUGACCAGGUAAUCAACGUGAAGUCAGUCUCUGGCUUGCCUGUCAAUGGUGAUGGUAUCACUGAUGACUCGGCGAACAUCAACGCAAUCUUGAAGCAGUAUGCUGGCUGCAAGGUCAUCUACUUCCCUGCUGGAACCUACAUUCUGAACGACACAGUCACUAUCCCAGCUGGUUCUCGCAUCUAUGGUGACGCCUAUGCGACUGCUUUCUCAGCCGUUGGAGAAAACUUCUACAACCCUGCUGCUCCUACCACAAUGAUCCAGGUCGGAAACCCAGGCGAUACUGGUGUUGCCCAGAUCGUUGAUAUUAUUUUCACUGUUGCGGAUGUGCUGCAAGGAUGCAAAUUGGUCGAAGUCAACAUUGCUGGCCAAAAUCCAGGGGAUGUCGGGAUUUGGAACUCCCACUUCCGUAUUGGUGGUGCGGCAGGUAGUAAGGUCGAGACCAACUGUGGUGGCGGUCCUGACCAGUGCAAGGCCGCCUGGGGCUUGAUUCAUCUCACCAACACAUCCUCUGCAUACAUUGAGAACAUGUGGGGAUGGACUGCUGACCACGACUUGGACGGCAACAACGGUCAAACCAUCUCUACUGGUCGUGGUAUUCUCGUUGAAGCCACCAAGGGUACAUGGCUGGUCGGAACUGCUAUGGAGCAUCACACGCUGUACCAAUACAACUACAACAAUGCCCAGAAUGUCUUCUCUGCAUUCCAGCAAAGUGAAACUCCCUACUGGCAAGGUCCUGGCAAUGUCGCUACUCCCAACCCAUGGGCUGACAGCUUGAUCUCAUCCGACCCCGACUUCAGCAACUGUGCUAGCGGCGACGCUACCUGCACUAUGGCCUGGUUCGAGCGCAUUUCUGGCUCGUCUGACCUCUUCCUGUACAACGGAAUGGUCUGGGCUUUCUUCAACAAUGGUGGCGGCUGCAAUGGCGAUUGCCAGGAGAAUGCGGUCGACAUCUCGAACUCCAAGUCACUCUAUAUUUACGGCCAGCAAGUCAAGAGUGUGACCAACGUGUUUGUUGAAGGUAGCAAUGCUAUUGCCACCGAGUCUUCCAACAGCGGUGGUUGGGGAGGUGUAGUUGCGGCUUAUCUGCAUGAUUCUUAAAGGAUUCGCGAUGGGCACGAGAUCACGAGGAGUGCCAGUCAUUUUGAAGGUUCAUUAAUCUGUAUAUAUUGAUAAAGCGGUAUUUGUAUUCUUCGCAGAAAACGAAAGAUGGAAGAUCAAAGAAGUAUCAACAACUGCAGGGAGCACCCGAAUAUUAUC